AUCGAAAACAUCAGUCAGGAAAUAACAUGUACACUGUAAGAUGUAAAUCAUUUAUACAGUUAGAACCAAAAAUGCACGCUUUGAUUGCAGUUUUACUAUUUUCUUUUUAUUUGAUUGAAGUAAAUUCCGAACAGAAAAUACAUUAUAUUGCAGCUGAAGAAAUCUUGUGGGAUUAUGCUCCAAGUGGUCGGAAUCUUGUAUCGUCAACUGAGAGUGAGCUGAAAGAACAGAACAUAGAACACGUUUACAACAAAAUCCUAUAUAAAGAAUACACCGAUCGAUAUUUUAACACAACUAGAGAUUCUCAAGAGUAUUUAGGUUUUAUUGGACCAAUUCUAAGAGUUGAAGUUGGAGAUGAACUGAUUGUUAUUUUCAACAAUACCGCAUCACACAGCCUUAGUAUUCAUCCGCACGGAGUACCUUACACAAAGGCAAAUGAAGGUAGUGCAUAUGAUGUUCAAGAAGGUGUUUCACCGGGUAGUAGUUACAGAUAUUCUUGGAACAUCACAGAAGAAAGUGGUCCACAAUUUGGAGAAGGAUGCAUUUCCCAUUUGUAUCAUUCAGAUGUCGAUUUUAUAAAAGAUGUCAACACGGGUUUAUUUGGUUUCAUCCUUGUGUGUUCUAAAGACAAAGUUGUAAAGAGAGACGAAGAUUCCUUCUUUUACUUCGGAGAAAUUGACGAAAACCUGAGCCAUCUUGCUAAUGUAUCUAAAGAUGAUUCGAACACGCUUCACAAUAUAAAUGGCUUCGUAUAUGGAAACUUACCAGAUUUAACAUUCUGUGUUGGUGCCAAGACGAGGCUUCAUGUAGCAUCACUGAGUAGAACUGAUGAUGUCCACACUGUCAGGUUCCAUGGACAGUCAUUUAAAUUUAGAAACAAGAGGUAUGAUACGCUCCCAGUAUUUUCUGGUGUGUCUCUUACUGCGGAAGUUGUUCCAUCUGAGGAAGGAGUAUGGCUAUUUUCAUCAACAUCUGCAUAUCACAUUAAAGGUGGAAUGCAAGCACUGGUCACUAUCAAAAAGUGUGGCAAUCCUAGACCAAUAAUAGAUACUUCAACAAAAAUAAGAAACUAUUAUAUUUCUGCUGAAAACAUGUCAUGGGAUGGACGAUUGAGAAAUAGUUUGUUUGCUUAUACAAACAGAAAGUUUGAUAAAGAAGCUCAAAGAAGUGAAAAAGAAUCCUAUUUGGGGACAGUUUUUGGUCCAGUGAUUAAAGCUGAAGUUGGAGAUGUUAUAAAAAUCGUCUUUUAUAAUAAGUUAAACAAGACGCUUACAAUCAAACCAGCUGGCCUUAGGACUAAUAAAGAAUAUGAAGGAUUGAUCUAUAACGACAACGUAUCUGGUAAGAUACAAACAGCUCCAGGAGAAAAGAGAACAUACUACUGGUUCGUACCUGAAUUCUUUGGUCCAGUGAUGGGAGAAGAUAUGUGUAUCACACGUUACUACUAUGUAGAUCUAGAGCGAGAACCAACAAUGGUAGGAUCUAUACUGGUCUGUCAACAAUAUUCUUUAGACGCCAAUGAUAACCAGAUAAUUGGUGGGGAAGAUUACUUUCUUUUUGUACUUCCAAGUAUUGCCAAUACCACGGAUAUAAAUGGAUUGAGCAAAAAAUCUUUUCCACCACUGCAUCUCUGUACCGGAGAGACAUAUAGACUCCAUUUCAUAACAUUUACAAAGAAGCCUGUGACACUUCUCAGUAAAAGUGAUCCAUUUGUCAUGGACGGUUCCUCGAUGUCAGCUGUUGGACUAAUACCUCACCUGCCAACUUCGGUUACACUUCAACCAACUCGAGAGGGCUUAUCAGAAGUAAAAAGUUUUCCCGAUGAAAUGUUUGGGUUUUCCAUAAAUGUCAGUCGUUGUGGACGUAGCAUUACAAAUGUAGAUUUUAAGGAAAUUGAUGAGGUGACAUAUUUAGGGAUCAUUAAGGAUAGAUGGAGUUAUUCUGGAAGAAAAUUAAGUACAACAAAAUGGAAACAAUUGCAAAUUGGGGACCUGAAGAUGUCUCCUAAAUACAACAAAGCAAUGUUUGGAUAUCUUUAUCCCAAUUCAAAUCGUUUGGACUUUACAAGGAGACUCAAGUACCAAGGAUAUUUAGGUCACGUGUUCUAUACCAGUGUUGGAGAAAGUCUAAAAAUAAACAUACAGAACCUUGCUGACAGAAAUUUCUCUAUUUAUGUGCCUGGUAUAAUGGCAGAUUAUACCGAUUUCUUAUCACCAGGACAUACUAGAAAUAUUACUUGGAAUAUUCCACAAAGUUCUGGCCCUAGAUCUGGGGAUGCAGAAUGCAUGGCAAAGACUUACUUUUCAAACCUGGUUAUUGAAAAAGACAUAUCAACUGGUUUGAUAGGACCAAUUAUCAUAUGCAAUAGAGGAGUGAAGGCUGCAACCGACUUCAAACAUUCAAUAAUUUUCUUUGGUGAAGUGGAUGAGUCGAUGAGUUGGUUUUUCAAAGAAAAUGUAAAGAAAUAUGGUCCUGGAUCUAACACAAACUUAAAUGACACAGAACUAAUAGAGAAUAAUAAAAUUAAAGUCGUUAAUGGAAUGAGCGUAGGAGCUCUUCCGGAUAUCAGCUACGAAGUAGGAAAAUCACAAUUCAUACAUUUCUUCAAUAUUGGCUUCAGAUUCCAAUCUAUACAUAUGUCGGGUGUCGCGUUUUCAAAAUCCAGUAGUUUCUAUGUUGGAUAUGACGUCAUAGCAUUACAUCCUGGAACAAGUGCUUCGGUCAAAGUUACACCAAAAAUAAGUGGGAAAUGGAGACUAACUGGUUAUACAACAGAUAUGCAUUGGAACAAAUUAUCUGCAACAAUGAACGUUCCGUCAAAUACAGGAGGCGCCAACUAAUUUUAUGUUUGCUCGUAAGAAAUGUAAAUACAUGUAUAGGCUAAGUUGAUAUGUGAUCAAAUACAUUGUGUAACCUCUAUUUAAAUUUAGCAAGGAUUCUUUAUGCAUAAGUAUGUGUAGAUUUUUUUUUCAUUAGAAAAAGGUUUGUUCAGAUGAAUUCCUCAUUUCUAUUGACUUUUUAAACCAUAGAGUUCCAGGGUAACAUUUGAUUGCUAUUAUUAACAUUUGUCAUUGUAUCAUUUUAUUUACACGCUUCGAACUGGAAGCUAAGGCCAUGUAGGUUCUGCAAAAAUUCAAAUUGGAGCAUAAUAGGCACAUUACAUGUAUGAUGCCUUAGUUCUGUGGAAGAUUGAACUACAAUCGGUAAAGAAAGAUAGCCCCAAUUUUAAAUAAAAAUAUCUCAUCAUUGUUUUUUUUUAAAACAGCACCAUGUACUUUUUGUGUUAUUCCUGUAGAAUUUUCACUUAAACAUCAUUUUUUUAAUUGAAUAUAUGAGUUAAUAUUUACUUGAUAAUUUCUUAAUAUAUUCGUUGAUUAUUUCUUAAUAUAUUCAUUGAUAAUUUCUAAAUAUAUUCAUUGAUAAUUUCUUAAUAUAUUCAUUGAUAAUUUCUUAAUAAUAUUCAUUGAUAAUUUCUUGAAAUAUUCAUUGAUAAUUUCUUAAUAUAUUCAUUGAUAAUUUCUAAAUAUAUUCAUUGAUAAUUUCUUAAUAUAUUCAUUGAUAAUUUCUUAAUAAUAUUCAUUGAUAAUUUCUUGAAAUAUUCAUUGAUAAUUUCUUAAUAUAUUCAUUGAUAAUUUCUUAAUAAUAUUCAUUGAUAAUUUCUUGAAAUAUUCAUUGAUAAUUUCUUAAUAUAUUCAUUGAUAAUUUCUUAAUAAUAUUCAUUGAUAAUUUCUUGAAAUAUUCAUUGAUAAUUUCUUAAUAUAUUCAUUGAUAAUUUCUAAAUAUAUUCAUUGAUAAUUUCUAAAUAUAUUCAUUGAUAUGAAAAGAUGGAAAAAAAACGAUUCUGAUCGAAACUUGUGUGAACUCAGAUGUGUCAGUUGGGUAACCAGUUCCUGCUUUAAUUGUGCAUCUAUCUAUCUAGUGAUUUGUCUACAUUUGUAAUGUCACAAUCGAGGAAAAGAGAGCAGAAGAUUGAUAAAGACAGAUUGAACAUAUCAUUUGAAUAUGGAAAUCGAUUUAGAAAAAAAUGAAAUUAUCAAAUAAAGCUCUGCAAUAUUCAGUUUAUGAAAAUAUACGAUUCCAGUCAAUUUCUGAUAGGUAUUUCAAGAUCUAAUAUGACUUGGAUAUCAAGGGAUUAUAUGCACCAACUAAUUGCAGCUCAUGUCGACUGGAAACAUAACAAUACAAUAGCACAUUUCCCAUUUUCUUUAUCAAUUUUAUGUUCUGCACUCGCUAGUCAAAUUGAGAUCAAUGUUAAAAACAACAUCUUUACAAGCCUAUGGUUACGUUCCAGUCCCCUCUUCUCUGCCCUUAGCAGAUUUUGAUAGAAUUUUGGAUCAAUAGGUAUAUUAAUUCGAUUGGUCGCAGUAGUAAAUGGCUGCAUUCAAUCAAACGCAACUUAUAUAUAUAUACAUGUGAAGAUGUAGAAAAUGUAAAUAAACAAUUGCAACGUGCUAAUUGUGCACAGGUCUUAUCCCAAAACAUAGAACAAUAUUUAGUAACAAUUCUAAAGUUCUUUAUCCACUAAUCAAAGUUCCUGAGUAUAUAUCUCGUGCAAAUGUUUGAAUAACAACGAAUAUUUUCGAAUCCUAAUACACAAAAUGUGUAAACACUAGAAGCAUUAAUUUUAAAUCUCCUCAUUAAAGACAGUUCAAAUGCUGUCAUUGGUUAAAAUACUGUUGUGCGAAUGGGAGUGACUUUUAUCUAUUGGUAGAUAGCGCAGCUUUGUUAUCACAAAUGAUAGCUUAAUAUGCCAAGUGUGGAGAGGAGAGGACUAUAGGUAGCGGAGAUAGAUGAUGAGUAAAGUUAAAUAAAUUCACUGACAACACAUAAUGUUUUGUUAGGUUUGUAAUGGAAAUUAAUGUAGGUCCAUAUUGACAGGUUCUGUAGCGUUGUUGUAGCAUUUGUCACAAACAACUGCCGAGGGAGAUAUAGCACAAAUAUUGAACUCUUAGGCAAAUUCAGAAAGGGGAAGUACAUAAAAUCUGAUAAAAUCGAACGUUAUAAACAAACUGGAGUAGAAAAUAACUGUCAUAUUCCUAAAUAUAUACAGGCAAUAUGUUAUAAAUCCUUAUAAUUUUAUGGUCCUCGGUGGCCGAGUGGUCUAAGUUGUAACUACUGUAAUCACUAGCCAGUCAACACUGAGGUUGUAAUUUCGAUCCCCGCUCGUGCGGGUGCUAUCGACCCAAAUCUUAAUUGACUAGGAUUGUCAGUUUUUCUAUCAAAGGUCGGUGGUUUUCUCCAGGUACUGCGGCUUCCUCAACCAAUAAAAUCUGGCCGCCACGAAAUAGCCUAAAUUCGGUGCUUAAAAGUGGCGUUAAAGUAAAACAUCAAACAAUCUAAAUCAAAUUAUAAUUUUAUUAUAAAUCAAAAAAGUAACAGUUACAAAUGUUAUUAUGAAAGAACUUAACAUCUGAUUGUAACAAGUUUAAAAUACCAUUGCACAAUACGUGUUCCACAUACAAGUAUAAAAAUAGUUACAGUCAUAAUAUACAACCUUACUAGCAGGUACAGAUCUCUAUAAAAUGCAUUUAUUUCUGUUAACACUACAUAUAUCUGAAUCUGAUGUGAUCUACCUCAUCUAAAAAUAUCUAACUUUCAGAGUAUGCUUCUUUCCAGUGUUAAAUACUUACUCUAAAAACAUAAACAAUAAACUCAUCAAAGAUACAAGAUUUAAUAUUUGGUACUCCAGUCGCGCUUUUCGUCUACAAAAUACUCAUCAGUGACGCUCGAAUAUAAAAUAAAUUAAAAGGCUAAAUAAAUAACGAAAUUGAAGAGCAUUGAGAACCCGACAUUUUGUUAGGUUUUGCCAAAUACUCCUAAGGUAAUCUAUUACAUUGGAUAAAAA